UUGACAGACGAAUGAUAGCCUAGUGAAAUUUCCAUUAGGCGACGCGACCUAAAAUUAAUUUUAAAAAGCUUUAAACAAAUAAUAAAGAACAUUGGUCAAAAAUGGAGGUUGUUGUUCCCGAUUUUGAUGUCCAGAAUAGUAAAUCAAAUCAUGCAAUGGAUGAUGGCGCAUCCGUUUUAGAACUGCCAAACGAGGUUGCUGAAGUGGACACAUUGAAAAAGAGUGACCCUUUAAAUACGCAUGGGUCUUUGUCGGUAAACCCAAAAAACAACCCAACAGAAUACGUGGUUCUAUCCCUAUCGAAUCAAUGUAACGAAUCAAUGGAUAACCACAAAUCUUCUGAUGGUGUCAAGGACGAAAUUGCCAUUAUUGACUCUUCAAUGCAAGAUAGUUUAGAAAAUGAUCCGAUGGAUUUGUUAGAAUUGAACGACCAAAAUAGUAUUUCAACAAACGAUGAGGAGGUUGAUGAUGAUAGGUGUUCGACAGGAUCAUCAUCAGUGCAAACGUCUUGUAGUUCGAGUAAUGUGUUGGAAUGGUGCAAAGAUUAUUCGUGGUUGCUGUACGAGGAAAGCGACGAAAUGUAUGGGCAUUGUCUGCACUGUGACGUGAAAAUAAACGUGCGAAGUUUAAGUUUCGUAAAGCAACAUGAGAUAUCCAUGUACCACAAAGAACGCAGCGAUUAUUAUUUGGCUUUUCGUGAAGAGGAAGAAAGAAAUAAUCUUGGCACGCCCUUAUUCGAAAUUAAACAAGAAUUUGGAACAAACAGCUAUAUUGCAGCACUAAAACUCAAACGUAAAUCGCAAGCCGAAGCUCUAAAUAAUUACAAUUGGCGAAGAUGGCUUGAGGAAUGCCCUUGGUUAGAGCGCGACAAUCCUGUUGGUACUGUUGGUCGAUGUAAGUAUUGCAAAAUACGACUGAACGUAGAAUUUUCGUACCUACGGAAACGGCACCAAGAUACUGGGAAACACAAAGAAUGUGUUAAAAUGCAGAACAGCAACCAUUCCAAUAACAGUACAGACGAAGAAAAUGAUGAAGAGGAAAAAAAUGGAAUAAGGAAAGAUCGAUAUCGUUGGAGUGAAGUAGUAGAGGAUCAACAAGGAACACUGCGAUGCAAGAUAUGCGAGACGAAAACGGGAAAGAACAACUAUCCGCGGCAUUUACGCACUGCAUCACAUAUACAGAAUGAAGCAAAAUAUUUAAAAAGCUUAAAAGUGGACAAGUUUAACAAGUGUAAUCCAGUAACAACUGCUGUUGAGGACCACGACAAUGUUUCUCCAAAAAGCCCAAUCAGUUGGGAUGUGUACGCAAAACAACAUCCUUGGCUAGUUGCAGAUUCUUCAGAUCCUAGAUUUGCUUAUUGUAAAUAUUGCGAAAAACGAGUCCUUUUCGGAAAUUCCGCAGCUAAAAGAGCAACUCACGAAAAUAGCAUUCAACAUAAAAACCAAGCAAAGCAGUUCAAGGAGAGAGGCGCUGACGGGCAAAACAUAAAUUCGUGUGGGAGUGAGGAUGAAGAAACAAAUGGUGAUGCUGGUGAAAGUGAACAGUCUAACGAAGAAACAGAGGAAGAGGAUGAUGGUGAAAAAGGUCGAAACAGUUCCCAAGGUGAGGAAGAUGCAGAGGAAACACAGGAAGAGCAGAAUGAGGGCGAGGACUCCUCGGAUUCGGACGGAGAAGUAGCAACACAAACCAGAAAGUCUGUUGGAGAAAAAAAUGAUUCUAGGAAGCGCAUAAGCCGUCACGAUGUUGAAUGGUACGAUCAGUAUCCGUGGUGCACAAAGUACAAAGCUGAUCCUGUGAACUACUGUUUUUGCAAGUACUGCAAAAUAGCUAUUAUAAAAACAUACAGUAGAAGCAAACACAACAAAACUGCUCGUCAUCGGGCGGCAGAAGCUGAAUUCCUACGGAGACAAAAGAAGAAGAAAACAUUAUUCAAAUCGAAAAAGCUGGAAGAAUUCUCUGAAUGGGCAGUUGAUAUUAAGGCGCAACCUAAUUUGUACUAUUGCAAAUACUGCCGUGUUCGUAUAUCAACUCGCUAUAGUAAGAAGCAGCACGCAGCAAGUAAAAUUCAUCAAAUUAAUCAGAAUUUAUAUAACCCUACCAGGAAAAAAAACUCAAAGUUAGUUAAAAGGGAAGUGAUUGUGGAAGAAGCCAGCUCUAGCCACCAACGUAAUGAAUCGUCCCCGAAACCUGCUAUAAAAGUACCAUCAUUCCUUACCUUAGUUAAGCAAUGGCAAAAGAGAUUUUCCUGGUUGACUUAUAAACGCAGAGAAGUGCGGUCAAACUAUGCGUUUUGCAAGGUGUGCGAACAGUCAUUGUAUAUACGAUCCAUAAAAAAUGUUUAUAAACAUCAGCGUUCUGGAAAGCACUUCCGCACGGUAAACCAGUUGCGAAGGCAAAAACUGCAAGAAGAGCGAACACGUAAUGAGGCCAUGAGUACACAAGAAAGCGGCAAAUGCCCAAAGCGUGAAGCUGAAUCCACUACAUCUGCGCGCCGCAAUAUUUUAAAAAAACCAAACACACAAGAAUUAGACAAACCCGAAAACGAGCCCCAACAAAAUAGUUCAUACAAGAACACCUUAGAGGAAAUGCAAAAGCUCUUCUCCUGGAUAGAGCAAUCUAAGAAACCACUUCAUGUUCAUUGUCGAUAUUGCGAUAAUGAUGUUUAUUACAAGACAUUAUUUUUGAGGAACCAUAGCAAUUCAAAGACGCACCGACAGGCAGUAGUUAAGCAACAUCAAGUAGCCAAAGCAAAGCGAGAAAAACGGAGACAUAGCGAACAAAACACUGACAAUGAAGUUGAUGAUAUUGAACUGGUAGAUAAUGAUAUAGAAGAAAUUUUAAUAUCCGAGCAAGAUGACAAUUGGACCGUCAAGUCGGAAAAUAUGGAUGAACACGAAGUCCUAGAUUAUUUAUUGCAACGAUCCGGAAAAACCAACGAAAAUAACAAUUCAUGUAGAAAUGCUGCGGAACGUUCCAAGCGCGCCAAAAGAACCCGUUCUCAAAGGAGAGUAAAUGAAACUAACGCAUCGUCGUUAUUUGCCAGUAUUUUAUCUACACCCCUUACACUUGCUUCCUGCUUGGGGCCGCUGAUACAACAACAAGUACAGCAACAGAUUACCAAUACUUCUCAAGCACCAUCGUCAGGAUCAGCCGCUUCUUCUCAAGCUGCACACACAAAUUCGGAACAAGAGAAUUCAUUUGAUUUAUUUUUCAAAAGUGUAAGUGAAUCAAUGAAAAAAUUGCCAAUAGACAUAGCCGCGGAGGGGAAGGUGAAGGUGAUGCAAAUUUUAUGCGACUUAGAGUUAAAAGCAAUGAAGAGACAACACCAAGCAAAUAUCGAGGUAGUCGAAACAACGUUAGAACAAAAUCAAAAUAGAGUUGUAAAUUCUGCUGAGAUGAGUGAUUCAAUUAAUUCCAGCAUACCAGAGGAGCCCGCAGACACCAGCACCGCAACAGAAGUAACGAACAAUAAGCUGACACCCAAAGUUCAGCAUGAUAAUUUUGUGAGUGAACAAGUUAUUACCCCGCUUUACAACAAUGUUGUUACAUCGCCAGCCAAGGUCCAGCAACCGAGAGUCGUUUCAUUGGCACCAACCGGCAGUUCGUUUACAGUUAGCACUGCCGGUGAUGCCAAUAAAGAAAAAUCUAUCAACGUAUGCCAAUCGCCUAUUAUUGGCGUAAUAGACAAGAGUACACUGCAUACUCUGCAAUUCAAGAACGCAAAUCUUGUUAAACAAGGUCCGAAAACACACAUUGUAGCAAAUAACAAUGCAACCUUGAGCAAUUCAUCCAUACGCUGCAUUCCAUUCAAGAACCUGACUAAAGCUGUAAGCAAUGAGGCAAACGCCAAAAUCACUAGGAUUCACAUGCCUCUAGUCAGCACACCCAAUUCUACAUCACACACAUCUACAUCAAUAUCUACAAUUGCCGCGAGUACACCAAGUACAUCUGCGAGUACAGCCAAGGGAAUGUUAAAUUUGCGAAACAUUCAAAUUACAAAAAGAACCAUAACACAGCCUGGCGUGGUCUCUUCUGCAACCACAAUCACAACGCCAGCGCCAACAGAUAAAAGACAGCAAGGCACAUGUAUGGCACCAGCUAAUGUCCAACGUUGGACGCCUGUGAAUGGUGUUGCACAUACGGGAAAUCUCAAGAAACAAACAAAUUCCCCCAAUUACACACUGUCUGCUAAACAAAAUUCUACAUCUGCUCCCAGAAACUAUCAAUGACGUCACAAGGAUGUUCUGCACAUUCGCCAUACCAGCUAAUUGGGUGCCAUUGUGUAGGUUUUUUAUAUUGUUGUUAAGCUAUUUGUUAAGAGACAUCUCAUCCUCACGAUUUAAAACUAUUUCUUAAUAAACAUCUUUAAGUUUAUGUUCUCUUUUACAUUUUUAUGAUCUUUUUCAAACCACAAAUGCGAAAAUGUUCAAUAAUAUAUAUGUAACAUAAUUAAGGUUUUUUAAAAUUAAGUUGUUUCCCAAAAAUGUCAAAAAAAAAAAAAAUAACAUCGGCGUAUCAUGAAGUUCGAUGUAAGUUCGAUGCCAGGAUAUAAUGUUGAAAUAGUAUAUAAAAAAUAAAAUAUUUUUUACGUGUAAAUUAAA